AAAAAAAGCUAGGAGAAAGUGAAGGAAUGGUGGCGGAAAGAAAGAGGUUUGUUUGGGAAGCAAAAGAAUAGCCGCACCUUCCGUUUUGACACGUUAUUCGGUAGAAGGUGGUGACGGAGAAUUGGAGGGAAUAUCCAUUGACCCAGAGAUCUAGUUUCAUUCUUCCUGCACAACCACGACCAAAGAUCUGUGAGUUUUUUUGUUUUUGUUUUUCUCUCUGGUCAGAUCUGUAGAGUCUUCUUUCUCGACGCCAUUAUUAUUCUUUUUCAUCUCCGGAAGGGUGGAAUCAUGUCUAACAGAAAUGAAUAUUCUUCUUUACCCGUUAGCUCCUAUUUAGAAUUGCAGCGUCAGAACGAGUCCUCAAAAUCUGUUGGCAUUCCUUCUUAUGACGAAUCCGAAGUGUAUUUGGGAUCCAAAAUCGAAGACGAGGAUGAAGAUUUCGAAACGGACAUCGAUAAUUACCCCCUUGUUAUUGUGGGGUCCAAUAAAGGCUCUGGGAUACCUGGGGCUGUUUUCAAUUUAACAACCACGGUUAUUGGGGCAGGGAUCAUGGCUCUCCCUGCCACUAUGAAAGUUCUAGGAUUGGUUUUGGGGAUUAUUUUGAUAAUUCUUAUGGGAAUUUUGUCUGAAAUUAGCGUGGAAUUGUUGGUGAGGUUUUCUGUUUUGUGUAAGGCAUCCUCCUAUGGGGAGGUUGUUCAGCAUGCAAUGGGAAAGCCUGUGAGGAUUUUGUCUGAAAUCUGCAUUAUUUUGAACAAUGCCGGUGUUUUGGUGGUUUACUUGAUAAUCAUGGGGGAUGUUAUGUCUGGUUCCUCUCACCAUAUGGGGGUUUUUGAUCAGUUAAUGGGGAAUGGGGCGUGGGAUCAAAGGAAGAUUGUGGUUUUAGUUGUCAUGGUGGUUUUCCUUGCUCCCCUUUGUUCACUUGACAAGAUCGAUUCAUUGAGCUUGACCUCGGCUGCCUCCGUGGCUCUUGCUGUUUUGUUCGUCGUUGUUGCUUUUACGGUUGCUUUCAUCAAGCUCGUGGAAGGACGGAUUGAUUCUCCCAGAUUUGCUCCUGAUCUUAGCUCCAAAACUGCAAUUUUGGAUUUUCUUGUUGCGAUACCCAUCAUGACCAAUGCAUAUGUUUGCCAGUUUAAUGUGCCGCCAAUAUAUAAUGAGCUUGAACAACGGUCUCCUCGAAAGAUGAACACGGUUGGGAGGUACACCACUGUUUUGUGCAUCGUAGUUUAUGCUUGCACUUCCAUAUCGGGUUACCUGCUCUUUGGGAAAGACACAGAGGCUGAUGUACUGACUAAUUUUGAUAAGGAUCUUGGAAUUCGGUAUAGCUCGGUCUUGAACUAUAUUGUCCGGAUUGGCUACAUUCUUCAUUUGAUACUUGUUUUCCCUGUUAUUCAUUUUUCAUUGCGCCAAACAGUGGACGCAUUAUUGUUUGUGGGAUCACCUCCUCUUUCAGAAAGUAAGAAGAGAUCUUUGGGGUUGACUGCGGUUCUGUUGGUCCUCAUAUAUAUUGGGUCUACUAUGAUUCCAAACAUCUGGACAGCUUUUAAGUUCACUGGGGCAACCACGGCUGUUUCAUUGGGUUUUAUAUUUCCUUCUCUUGUUUCUUUGAGACUAAAACAUCUGGGAGAUCUAAGCUACGGAGAAUGGGUUUUGUCAUGGUUGAUGUUGGUAUUAGCUGUGACUGUUAGCAUAGUAGGAGUUGUUAGCAAUGUUUAUAGCCUUCAGAGUAAGUCUUAGCCACACAAUUUGGUUUCUUCGUUGGCUCUGCUGCAAUGUGAUUCAAACUGCAGAAGAUGGGGUGCGCAGGAUUGUUUUGUAAUAUGGGAAAACUAUUUUUGCUCCGGCUAUGAUAUAUAGGGUAUAAGAUGCACAUAAACCUUCAACACGUCCUCCAAUUUUGAAGACUGGUGACCAGUUGGUUCAGGACCAGAGGACUGUGGCUUAUCAGUUUGCCGCAGUAUGUAUACAGUUCUGAUCUUUAUGGCAGUAUUAUCUUUUUUCUUCAUUGAUUUUACACAAGGUUGAUGUUGUAACAUUUUGUAGCAGGUUCUGCAAUUGCUUAUCUGGCACAUUCCACGUUUUAUUUUCGUUUUCUGGUAGACAAUUUCUGUUUUAGUUGCUUUCAAAGCAUGUGUAGGCUUGUUAUAAAAUGCUUUUAGGA